GAAUCAGAUAUUGCACUUUUUACCCCUUCUUUCUUCCUACCAAAAUUCUCCCAACGAGUAUCUCCCAACUCUCAAUUCUCUCUCUCUCUCUCUCUCUCUCUCUCUCUCCAUGAUUAUCUCCAACUUCUGAUCGAAACCGAAUCGGUUAUGAAGAAUUGGAAGGAGAUUGGUUGCGAUCCGUGAAAUUCGAGCUCGAGCUGCAACGAUGGGCGAAGAAGUCAACAUGAGUGAGUACGGCGGCCGAGACGACGACCGAGUCUCGGACUGGGAGCUAGGGUUACCCAGCGCCGACGACCUAACGCCGUUAUCGCACCCUCUCAUCUCGCCGGAGCUGGCAUCGGCGUUCAGCAUAUCGCCGGAGCCUCGCCGGAGCAUGACGGACGUGAACCGCGCGUCGCGGAACACGCUCUCGAGCAUCCGAGGGGAGCUGUCCCCGUCGGACGGCGUUGGUUUCAAGUCGUUCGACGAGGAGAGGGGAAAGGAUAAGGACGGGAUGGUCGUGGAAGGGGAGGAGUCGGAUCCGGAUCCGGAUGUGGCCGCGGACGGGUCGGGUUCGAGGAAGGUGAGGAGGAUUGAUGAAAGCUGUGACGAGGAAAUAGAGAACGCAAACGACGGCGGAUCGGCGAGGACGCAGGUGAAGAGGGCGCGGCUGGUGUGGACGCCGCAGCUGCACAAGCGGUUCGUCGACGUCGUGGCGCAUUUAGGUAUAAAAAGCGCGGUGCCGAAGACGAUUAUGCAGUUGAUGAACGUCGAGGGUUUGACUCGUGAAAACGUGGCGAGUCACCUCCAGAAGUACCGACUCUACUUGAAGAGAAUGCAGGGGUUGUCGAAUGAGGGUCCCUCGCCGUCGGACCCUCUUUUCUCGUCAACCCCUGUGCCUCAGAGCUUACAUGAGGCCAGAGGGAGUGGGCACAUGCCCAUGCCAAUGCCAAUUCAGAUGACUCACCUGCCGCAGAUGAUGCAUAUGCCGGUGAUGGGCAUGGCCCAUGGUUCUUAUCGGGGAUACGAGUCCAGUCCAUAUAAUAUGUUGCAGCAGAGAGAUUGGUCCGGUAGUAGGUUCGGCUCCGUUGCAUCGUAUCAGCAUGUUACUCCGGAUGAUAAAUGACAUUACCUUUGAUGGAUUGGUGUUCGACUCAAAUGCGUUGGAGUUUUGACAUGAUGAAUCUCUACUGGACUACGGGGAUUUCAUUUUGAUUUUUACAGGAUUUUAGGAUUUAGAUUGCUAGAAAUUGGAGCCUAGUAAUUUACUAUUGAAACCUCUUGUUGGCAGCUGGAUUCGGUUUUAUUUCCGAAAUUAAUUGCAGAAAAUCUGUGCUUGCCUUCAAAUAAUUGUGUUGACUUUUUGAACAAAUGCUGGUUUCUCUAGAAGUGUGUUGCCCAAUGCCUUAUCAGUUGUCAAACAUGUUCCCCGCAUUGGUUCUCUGGCCUUAAUUAGGAUCUAUGAAUGAUGUACUCUAAACUUUUGUUUGGUUUGACAAAAGGGGUUUUCACGUAGAUUUUCCAUUUGAAUUUACUA